CAUGUGUGGCCGAGGUCUUUGAUCUUGUCUUCCACAGUUCUCCGCCAGGCUGUCUUGCGUAAUCCACGCUUCUUUUUGUCCUCUGGCAUCCAGCAGGAUUUGACGGAUCCAACUCCACCACAUUUUCUCCUGGUAAUGAGGGUCUCCAAGUCUUCUGUGUGCCACUGUUGGAGUUCUUCUUGGGGCCAGAAGAUCCAUCUGACACAUGUAGUGUGGAAUACAGACAGCUUGGCAGUGUCGCACUUGGUUAUGCGCCAGCAUUCUGCUCUCUAGAGACGGGGUUGGCAGUUCAUAUAGUUUGAGCUUGGUGUGGAGGCUGGACUGAGUCGAUCUCCAAACAUUGUUCAUGGAUCUCAUGACAUUGCUGGCCUUGUUCAGUCUGUUCUUGAUGUCAUUCUCAGUCGGACAAUAAGGUCUGUGCCAUUUGCUGUCCCCGGAGCAGACUCGCUGAAAUGAGGUUCAUGACCUCAGUCUUCUUCUGGUUUACUUUGCAACAACAGAGACCUUGAUAAAAGCACUCAGAGAAGAAGUGUGAUGUCCCUCUCUGUUAAGGACAUCAGUAUAGUGUAGCUGACAAUGGUCUCAAACAAACACUCUUGGACUGACACUCUAAUUAAAACUCUAAAUUAUGCGAAGUUCUGGAACGCACUGAACCAUAGCAGUCGUGACAAAGAGAACUUCUCUGUCUAACCACUCUAUUCCAUUAGAAGCUGACCCAGUUUUAUUUGGAUGCCGUGCUGACCUGGAACUUCAUGAAUAAUGAAGUAACACAGCGGCGGAGCAAACAGUGAACGGGUGAGCAGCAGGUCCAGAGUUUCCACACAGCUCCCGUCCCUCGCUCCUUCAGAGACAACUGACAGAAAUCCCUCACAGAGCACGCUGUACAAAGUUAAAACUGUUAAUAUUUGAUCACGCUGAGAAGAAGGUGCAGAAACCGAUACAUUAUGGAUGAUGCACAAGUCUCAGUAAUUCACAACAGGAAGCCCAAAUAUGGACGCGAAGGUGGUCUCCCAGGAAAUGGCAUUGCUUAGCAACAUACUGGCAGCUUACACCUUUGUUGCAGACCAACCCGAGCUGACAGCACUGGUGUUUCUGGGAGGUGUGAGUGUUGGCCUCCUGGUCACGCUCUGUGCCAUUGUCUUCCAGAUACACUGUCGAGCAGACUGCAACUACGGAAACAGUCACAACCCUCGCCACCGUCACAGGCACAGGCCUCAUCGGCAUCACCAUCAUCACAGCUGUCCCCACCAUCGGCCUGAGGACAAUCGUCCAGACAGCACUGCUGUUGUGGUGUCGGAUGGAACGAGGCCUGCUGGGGACAACGAGUCACAGGACUGGGAUGACACUGCUGACCUGUCAUCACAGCGACGCAGACACUUCGAGAGGGCUCUGCUUCACGCCACCACGUUCACAUCAGCUGAGGAUUUAGACCAAUCCCAGCGGCUUGAGGAGCGGGAGAGGAUUCUCCGAGAGAUCUGGAUGAACGGGCAGCCAGACAUCAAUACUGUCACUCAGAGCCUCAACAGAUAUUACUGACACAGAUUCGGGGAGGCGGGUUGUCAAAGACACAUGAAGAUGAAUGAAAGAUGAAAUAACAAUCAAAUAAAAUGGAUAAAUAAUGAACUUUAACCGUUGGUCUGCACUGCACUGUGACUGAAGAUGACCCAGUCUGGAACAGUUCUAUCUACAGUGUAAACAACAUGAGCUGUGAUGGUUCAAUCCUCCAGUUCUGGAUGACACUGAUGACACUGUGGAAUAAUCCAUUGGUGACCUACAGAGGAUGGAUUUUCAUUUCUAAAGUUGUAGAAAGAACCACAGAGACAUAACAGUUAUUUGCAACAACAGCUCUAACAUUAUUGUUGGUUAAAAAAAACAACUGUACGAGGGAUUUUAUAUUUUUAUUCACUGUGUCUGAAUUCAAAUGUUGAUGACGUUUCUCAAACUUAAAAAAAAAAAUGCUACCAUCCACCUAAAAUACUCCUCGAAAGAUUUACUUUCAUAUCUAUAAUUAUUAAAAUACUAAUUUCACUAACCCAAAAAUAGAAAUAGAGAAAGUGGGGUAUAAGCAUAUCCCUGUGGUACAUAUGUACAAUUGUCUGAAAAAAUACGGAUAUAACCUUAAAUUUUAACCUAAAGGUGAAUCUAGAAUUUUUAAACCUUUUAUAAUGGUACCUAAAUAUUUGAAUGAAGCUGGUCGAAAUACAAACAUCUCAAACCUCGGAUCACGUUUUCAGAAUGUUCUCCUUUAGUUGUUCCCUCGACGUUUAGGAAACAUUAGGCGUCUGCAUAACACAGAAGGAACGUUCUCUAAAUGUUAGUUUUUGGUUUGUGUCCAACUAACCUUAGGAGAACCAUGGGCUAACGUUCUUUUAAUGUUCUUGGUUAGCACUUGCGUCUCACAACAAGUUCAAGUUCUGGUUCAAGUGUGGCCUUCCUGUGUGGACUCUGCAUGUUCUCCCCUGUGUGUAUAUGAUCUUCCUCCCACAGUGAUAUGCAGAGUUUAUAGUGAACUUCUGUUUAAAUGUGAUUGCGAAAGGUUGUUUGUCUGUAUGUUGGCGCUGUUAUCGACACAGAGACAUGUCCAGGUUUUUACCAGACUGGCUCCAGCUCCUCCUGUGACCCUCAAAGGAUGAGUGGCAUCAGGAGCAAAUAACUACAGUAGUACCACUUUGUAAGAUUAAAUAGAAGGAAAGACAAACACUAUGUGGAGGGACAUAUGCAAACUGGUGCUUUUAUUUCUGCAACUCUUCUUCACUAACUAAAAGAGAUGAUUGAGAGAUGGUGGCUGGGAGUAAGGAUAACUAGUCCAAAGCUUCUACUGUAAUUGGGUUCUUUCUGUUGGCUGGAAUCAGAAGCUUAUUAUAGAUGAAAUGCUGUUGCACAUUUUGGACAUCAGGUCAUCUGAGAUGACAGCACUGCCUUAUUGUGUUUGGCUUCUGUGGUAAAUGAAUAAAUCUUUAUUCCUGUGUU